UAAGUUUACUCCGGGAGACCGGAUUAACUAUGGUUUAAAAUUUCGAAUUUUCUCUUACUACAUAAGAAAAACGUACAUUGAUCGUUUUGUUUCAAGUGUGUGAACACAUUGAGUUAUAGCAAAGGCUGUUGAACAGGAAGGGAAGAUGGCAGAGGAGGAGGAAGAGCUGUCUUUUGAGGAACAGCUUAAACUGGAAGAGUUGGAGAGAAGAAAGAGAGAUGGAACCCUAACAAAGAAGGACCCUGAUGGCACAGUUUACGAAUGGGAUGAUGACAAGAAGGCAUGGUUUCCAAAGAUUGAUGAGGAUUUCAUAGCCCAGUAUCAGAUGAAUUACGGAGCAGGCAGUGAACAGGCUAGUGGGACGGACGAACGGAAUCAGAAUAACAAAGAACACUGGGACGCCUACCAUACACAGCAAGGGGAGGAGGGUGGGACUAAAUACGUGGAGGGGAUGGACAUCAACAGUGAGGAAUACUACAACUGGUACUACAAGAAUUACUAUGCCCAGAACCACCCCCAGGAUCAGCCACCACAGGGUGAACAGCAGGGCAAUGAUGAGGGCCAAGAAGAGGGUGAGGGCAAGGAGGAGGGCGGAAAAAAGGGCAAAAAGAGAAAAGUCAGCAAGUUCCUAGCACAGAAACCAGUGGAAGUCCCAAAAUGGUUCGACAUAGAUGAAGAAAAAAACACCAACGUGUACGUGAGUGGCCUCCCUUUGGACAUCACGGACGAGGAGUUCAAGGAACUCAUGAACAAGUGCGGCAUGAUCAUGUUCGAUCCUCAGCUCAAAGCUCUGAAACUCAAGUUAUACAGGGACGAGAAUGGGGGGCCAAAAGGGGAUGGCAGAUGUUGUUAUAUCAAGGUUGAAUCUGUUGAGCUGGCAUUGAAGAUUCUGGAUGGUUACGAGGUGAGAGGUAACAAAAUCCAUGUGGAACGUGCCAAAUUUACAAUGAAAGGGAACUUUGACCCCAGCAAAAAACGAAAGAAACUCACAAACAAAGAGAAAAAGAGACUGAAAGAGAAACAGCAGAAACUGUUUGACUGGCGCCCAGAACGUCCUGUGGGGUGCAGGCAGAAAUGUGAGAAAGUGGUCAUCCUGAAAAACAUGUUCACCCCCUCCGAAUUCGAUGAAGAUCCAAUGCUGAUCAACGAACUUCGUGAUGACGUCAGAGAAGAGAGCUCCAAGUUUGGCGAAGUCAAGAAUGUCAAAUUAUACGAUAACCACCCAGAAGGAGUGAUUUCCGUCUCGUUCAAAGAGCCGGAGAUGGCGGAUGCUUGCAUAGAAGCCAUGAACAACCGCUGGUUCGCUAAACGCCGGAUCAGCGCGGAAUCCUGGGACGGAAAGACAAAGUACGAAAUCCAGGAAUCGGAGGCGGAGCGGAACGAACGAUUGAAGAAGUGGGAGCAGUUCCUAGAGGACGAGAAAGAGAAAAAGACGGAGAGGGAAGGGGAGCCAUCGACGGCCGAAGCUAGCGGGGCGGCGGCCAGCGCGUGUGAAAUAGAGACAAGUAUGGCGUCGCCGUCCGUCUGCCAGACCGAGGAGCAGACAACACCUGGUGCAAUGGACACGACGUCAGGGGCGCAAGGGGAUUCGUAGUUUUGUAAAUUACAUGUGGGGAACAUACCUCAAUAAAACAUCUCUCAUUCUUA